ACUCACAGUCAGCUGGGGACAAUUACAAGAACAAAGUACAGAGCUCACUAUGUCAAUUCUUGAAAUCUUUCCUUUUCUGCCCAAAAAAGACCAAUCAGAAACACUCAAACUCAGUACUUAGUACUAUCACUGAUUGUCAUAAGAAAUGGGUCGAAUUGGGCUUUCUCAGAACUUCCAAUCACACUGCUUUCUUCACUCAUCAACACAACAUACCCAAUUGUCCAAAGCUCAAAACUUUUCACUCAAUUUCAAGAAUCCCAAAAAAACCAUCUCUGCUUGCAUGGCGGCAGCUAUGCCAACGUUGACACCCACAAGUUUUGGGUUCAAGAAUUUGAUGGAAACAGUGACUAUUGAUGUUCACAAAGCUGAAGGGAGGCCACUGAAUGUGCCACUGAUUGCUCCUUUUACAAUUGCCACAUCAAGAUUGGACAAAGUGGAAAACAUAGCUAUAAGGAUAGAGUUGAGUAAUGGUUGUGUUGGUUGGGGUGAGGCUCCUAUUCUUCCUUUUGUUACUGCAGAGGAUCAGCCCACAGCCUUAGCUAAAGCAGCUGAAGCAUGUGAAUUCUUGAGGCAGAGUCCGGAAAUGACCUUAAAUCACGCACUAACAAAAAUAGGAGAUGUGCUCCCUGGCCAUGAUUUUGCCUCUGUCAGGGCAGGAGUUGAGAUGGCAAUGAUUGAUGCAGCGGCAAACAGCAUUGGAAUACCUCUGUGGAGACUGUUUGGUGGAGUAUCUAAUUCAAUAUCUACUGACAUUACAAUUCCGAUAGUUUCACCCACGGAAGCUUUUGAACUGGCUUCAAAGUAUCGUAAACAAGGUUUCAAGACCUUAAAGCUUAAGGUGGGCAAGAAUUUGAAUGGAGACAUUGAAGUUCUUCAAUCCAUACGUGCAGCACAUCCUAAUUGCUUGUUUAUCUUGGAUGCUAAUGAAGGUUACACUGCAAAAGAAGCUAUUAAAGUCCUGGAAAAGUUGCAUGAAAUGGAGGUGACUCCAGUGCUCUUUGAACAACCUGUUCAUAGAGACAAUUGGGAAGGUCUUGGACAUGUUAGUCAGAUCGCAAAGGAUAAAUAUGGGGUAUCUGUUGCUGCUGAUGAAAGCUGUCGAAGUUUGGCUGAUGCUAAAAAGAUAGUGCAAGAAAGUCUUGCUGAUGUCAUUAAUAUUAAGCUUGCCAAAGUGGGGGUGCUUGGGGCUCUGGAAAUUAUUGACUUGGCGAGGUCCAUGGGCUUAAAUUUAAUGAUUGGUGGUAUGGUUGAAACCAGACUUGCCAUGGGCUUUGCUGGUCAUCUAGCUGCUGGACUUGGAUGUUUCAAAUUCGUCGACCUAGACACACCCCUUUUGUUGGCAGAGGAUCCAGUUUUUGGGGGUUACGAAGUCUCUGGACCUGAUUAUAACUUCUCGAAUGCUAGAGGGCACGGCGGUUUUCUUCAUUGGGACAGCAUAGCAUGAGAUUAGAAGUGGAGUAUGCUUUCUCUUUGUAUUGUCAUUUGCAGCAGGCCAACCUCAUCGCAUUUAUAAGUAUUAGUCUUCCUUGUUGUUACUAAUAGUUAUUCUUCUAAGCAUGUAUGUUUGGACAUAAAGCAGACAAUUCCAAUGUAAAAGUGAAGGAUUUGGCAAUCAACUUGAAGCCAUAUGACCUCACAGUUACAGGUGUUUGAUGUUAGAGCUUUUGUACCAACAGUAUGAUUGUAACCUGUCCAUGUACUAGUAUUGAUAGGUUAAAAACA